AUGUUCCAACAGAUUAUGAUAGAUUUCAAGUCUCAAAGGAUCGAUAGAGCAAGAGUCGUGGCAAUAGCAAAGGAACUGUUUAAAGGGCAUAACAGAUUGAUUCAUGGGUUCAAUACUUUCUUGCCGGUGGGAUGUGAAAUAGCACUGGACGAAGCACCGGUUUCGAAGAAGCCUGCCAGUUUGGAAGACGCCAUCGAUUUCAUCCACAAGCUCAAGGAAUGCUUUCGGAUCGAGGAACAUAUUUACAUAUCGUUUCAUAACAUUCUCCAUAUGUAUCAGCAUGGAAAGGAAAUCGACGCCAUCUACAAUGAGGUUGCUUGCCUUUUUGCCGGCCAUCCGGACUUAAUCGAGGCAUUCAAGAGAUUCUUGCCUGAAAACUUUCGGCAUGAGGAAGAGCUCAGCUGUAUCACCACUCGGACCUCGUGCCGAGUGCAAAUGGUCGAUUCUCAAUCCGAGGAUGAAGUUACACAAAGAUUGCGCUAA